UUUUCCCAUAACAACUGUCUAUCUCUUUUUUUGUACUCACACUUUCUCUCUCCUCUCUGUUUUUUGUGCUUACUUUACACUCUUCACCAUUGUUGCUACUCUUCACCAUUUUUUUUUAUUUUAAAUUACUUUUUCUGUAAUCUGAAUUGGGUUUCUCAGUACUGUAAUUUUACUGUCAGUCAAUUCUAGAAAUCUGAAUUGGGUGACAAAAAUAUUAAUUGGGAGUAUUGGUAGUUUGGUACUACAGUUUUUUUUUUUGUGUAUAUAUAUAUUUUUUCGUAUUGCAAUAUCUCUUACCUACAACACAUCAAUCUCUCCCAAAUUUUGUCCUUCUGUUGGUCAUUGUAGUAGCUUGCUCGUAUACAAUCUCGUCGACAGUGUAAUGGCUGGUAGGGUAGCAUGGUCUGAUGACAGUACAGAAAUUUUUUUGGACAUAUGCUUGGAGAUGAGGGCAGGUGGACUAUCAAAGGUUAAUUGGGAUAGAAUAGUGAGUACUUUGAACGUUAAAAGUGGGAAGAAUUUCAACAUUAAACAAGCAAGAAAUCAUUGGGAUGAUUUAAGGAAAAGGUUCAAAAUUUGGAAUGAAAUGGAACUCAAUUGGACCGGUCUUACAUUUGAUCCUAUUACUGGUUGUCCUGUAGUUGAACAAGAUGAUAGGUGGAAUAUAUUUGUGAAGAAACAUAAAGGUCUGCCAGCGAGAUUCCUAAGGAGACCAUUGCCUCAUCUAGAGAAGUUACGGGCACUUUUUUCAGGGUCUUUUGCUACUAGCAAAUGGAGUUUUUCUCCCGGAUUAGGUGGGGAACAAAUUGGUAAAGAAAAUGAGGAAAGGUCCGGGGACAGUGAUGAAAAUAUAGGAGAUAUGGAAAUAAGUAGGGGAAUAAAUAAUUCGGAUGAUGAACAGAGCAUUUCACCUCCUAAAAGUACCUCGUUGGGGAAACGUAAGAGUGAUGGGUGUACUAGUAAACUUAAAAAAAACAAGAGUAGUAACAUUGACUCUUGUAUAGAGUUGUUGAAAAUGUCUAUUGAAACUAAUUGUAAGCAAGGGAGUGGUAAUAAGUAUAAAGAUGUCUCAGAUGCUCUAUACAAUAUUGAGGCUAUUGUUCAACAAGGAGAAGGAUUUAUUUACCAAUGUAUGAAUUUUCUUCAUCAUGGCGAUAAUGCAGAUUUCUUCUUAGGUCUCUGUACUGAUGAUCAGAAGAUCAUGUAUUUGAAGACAGCAUUUCAAGAUCCAACAUUGGGUGGUCCUUAAUUAGUUUUUUGGGGAGAUGAGUAUUUGAAGUUAACUUUGGAUUAUGUUUUCCUAUGACUUGUUUUGCACUUUCAUAUGUUCUUUGUUAGUUAUUUGAUGUUGUUCUAGUUUUAAUUAAGGUUCCACAUAUGAAGCUACUAUUUUUUCUGACCUUUAGGUUUAAGUAGCUUCAUAUGAUGCUAUUGCUUUUCAGGUGAUCUAAUUAAGAAGCUUUAGCCUUUAUUUUAAAAGUCAUUGUUGAUUUUAUUUUACAAAUUGAAUAAUGUUGGUAUUUUGUUGGUUUAUGUUGUAGAAUGGAUAACACACUUCCAAUGUGCUUGACAAUUAUCGCAUUGGAAGAGCUAAAGAGACUUCUUACACCAAUUGAGAGAUUGCCUCUAAGCACUCUAUUGCAACAAUUGGGUUGUACUUUAAACAAGUACUGGAAGCAAUGGUUCAUUUGUCUACCGAGAUCAUAAGACCAUACCAAAGUUUGACCGUGGUGCCAAAAAAAAAUAGGUGACAGCACAAAAUAUUGGCCAUAUUUCAAGGAUUGUGUUGGAGCAUUGGAUGAGACUCAUAUAAAUGCAGUUGUAAGCGAUGAUGAUGGUGUGGCACACCGAGGGCGUAAAGGAAAAAAACAUGGAAUGUUUUGGCUGCUUGUUCCUUUGAUAGGCUUUUCACGUUUAUCAACGUUGGAUUUGAAGGUAGUGCUCAUGAUAUUACUGUAUGGAACCAUUGCUUAACUGUACCAGAAUUUCGGUUUCCCCAUCCACCUCCAGGAAAAUAUUAUCUAGUAGAUUCUGGAUAUCCGAAUACCGUUGGAUAUUUGAGUCCAAUAAAAGAAAAAGAUAUUAGAACCCAUUUGCCUGAAUUUCGAAAUGGUCCACCACCACAAGGCAUGCUUGAACUUUUUAAUUAUCUUCACUCUUCACUUCGAACAACGAUCGAGAGAUGUUUUGGACAAUUAAAAGGUCGAUGGAAAAUAUUGACAAUGAUGCCACAAAUGGACACUAAACAUCAAUUGACAAUUAUGGUUGCUACAUUCACACUUCACAAUUUUAUUCGAUUACAUGAGUUGGAUAUACCCAUUAAUAGUGGUAUAGAAAUCGAACCAAGAGCAGAUUAUGAUUUGUUUAACGAGAAUCGUAAAGCUGUAAUGAAAGAAGUACAACUUAAUAUAGCGAAGGAAAUUUGGAACGUCUUGAAAUGAAAAUUAUAUUUGUAAACGUUUAUGAUUUGGAGCUUAUAAUGAAAUUUUAAUUAUUAUCGUUUAUUGUUUGUGCUAUUUAAUAACAUAGACAAUGUUGCUAGUUCAAACAAACGAUAAAAUCAA